AGAGUUUAGAUUCCCCCACUAAGCAAGUAACAAGUCACACAAGAGGGGAAAUAGAAUAGAAGAGACUUCCAGUAACACAAGCCUCCCACGCAUUUUGCUUCCUUGUUCCGUGUGCUCUCCGAAACCCUCGUUCCGCUGCAGAAUCUUACUCUGCUCUUUUCACUAUGGAUAUCGAGGAAGACAUCCGUUCUUUGCAGCUUGACUCAGCAGCAGAAGACAAUAAUGGGGUGGUAAUUCCAGAUGAUGUAAAGCCAGAAGAAGUUGAUAAAUCUGAAAAGAUUGAAGAAAUUGAGAAAUCUAAUGAGAUGGAUGAAGAUCCAAAGCAGGAGGUUCAGGCACAGCCUAACCAGGCUGAGCCAACAGUGAGAAAUAGAGAAAUUCAUCCUGUACAAGAUCAAGAAGAUGAGCUUGACAACCGAAAAAGGCACUUGAAUGUUGUAUUCAUUGGCCAUGUUGAUGCUGGUAAGUCAACAACCGGAGGCCAGAUACUUUUCCUCAGUGGUCAGGUUGAUGAAAGGACUAUACAGAAAUAUGAGAAAGAAGCUAAAGAUAAAAGUCGAGAAAGCUGGUAUAUGGCUUAUAUAAUGGACACAAAUGAGGAGGAGAGAGUGAAGGGAAAAACAGUUGAAGUUGGAAGAGCUCAUUUUGAGACAGAGUCAACACGGUUUACAAUUUUGGAUGCACCUGGUCAUAAAAGCUAUGUUCCUAACAUGAUUAGUGGUGCAUCUCAAGCUGAUGUUGGAGUGUUGGUAAUUUCUGCUCGAAAGGGAGAAUUUGAAACUGGAUAUGAGAGAGGUGGACAAACUCGUGAACAUGUCCAGCUUGCAAAAACAUUGGGUGUGACUAAGCUGCUUGUUGUUGUAAAUAAAAUGGAUGAUCCAACUGUGAAUUGGGCAAAAGAAAGGUAUGAUGAGAUUGAGUCAAAGAUGAUUCCAUUUUUGAGACAAUCAGGAUACAAUGUGAAGAAAGAUGUCAUGUUUUUGCCAAUAUCUGGUCUGAUUGGCACCAACUUGCAAACAAGAGUGGAUAAAAGCAUUUGCUCAUGGUGGGAUGGCCCUUGCUUAUUUGAAGCGCUUGAUGCUGUUGAAGUUCCUCUACGAGACCCCAAUGGUCCUUUCAGGAUGCCUAUACUUGAUAAAUUCAAAGACAUGGGAACUGUCGUUAUGGGGAAAGUGGAAUUUGGCAGUGUCCGUGAGGGAGAUUCCUUGUUGGUCAUGCCAAAUAAGGAUCAAGUUAAAGUUGUUGCUGUAUUCAUUGAUGAAAAUCGGGUUAGGCGUGCAGGACCUGGUGAAAAUUUACGGAUUAGGUUAUCAGGUGUUGAAGAGGAGGAUAUAUUAUCUGGGUUUGUUCUGUCUAGUGUUGCAAAUCCAGUGCCAACUGUUACUGAGUUUGUUGCUCAGCUGCAAAUCCUUGAAUUGCUGGACAAUGCUAUUUUUACUGCUGGGUACAAGGCUGUAUUGCAUAUACACUCUGUUGUUGAAGAAUGUGAAAUUGUUGAGCUGUUACAGCAAAUAGAUCCAAAGACAAAGAAACCAAUGAAAAAGAAAGUGCUAUUUGUGAAGAAUGGUGCUGUUGUUGUGUGCCGUGUUCAGGUUAGUAACACGAUAUGUGUUGAGAAGUUUUCUGAUUUUCCGCAACUAGGGAGAUUCACUCUUCGCAGUGAAGGAAAAACUGUUGCGGUUGGGAAAGUCACUGGUGUGUGAGUUUCUACCAAUUUUGUCUAGAGAACUACAGAUCAUCUUGGAGUUCUACGGUGUGUUUAUGUGCUAAAGAAUGUUUUCACGAGACCAACAAAUCAAUUUUGCAACUGCGUCACUCACUUGCAUGUGGACUGCAGAAAAGAUUCAGUUGUCAUUUGUUUAUAGUCUGUUACUUUUCAGAAAACCUGCUGAGAUACUUGUGGUCUAAGAGCAGUUUAUGUGAACAGGAUGGGAUUCUUGCACAGAUAAGUAGAUUUGCAGCGUUGAGGCAUUGUCGACAUCAUGAGUUACAAAUAUAUUUAUUUAAAAUACUUACUUUUCCUUCCACCAGAGGCAGAUAUUUAUAGACACGCUGCUACCAUGUACUUGUAAGUUGUAUGAGGCCUAGAAAGGCCUUGCUUGGCUGGUUCAGUAUCUUUUCGGUGGUUUUGGAUCAAUCCACCUUAGUUCGUAGCAGCAGAAUCUUAUGAUUCUCAUAUUUUGACAUAAUUAAACAAAUCUCCAAUCCACAGUUGACCAGUAUAUUUAUUUUUAUGUUGAUGUGAUUUUA